GGUUUCUCUUGCCACGGCAUGGACUUUGAGGUUAUCUUUCAGCUGCUGCAUUCACUUCGCUGGUACACCUUGACAGACUUACGUUGGACGGUAGAGUGAGUGAAACAGUAAAUUGAGAGAGAGUUUCAGUGCGUGAAAGAAAGCAACAGCAAUUAAAUCCCCGAAGGAUCUUGUUGUUGCUAGGCAAAAGUAGGCGAAAUUUGCUUCUUACUUCAAUCGAAACGAUACUUGUACACCGUAACUAAGGAAAAUCGUGUUGGUUGUUAGGUUACUGCAUCUAGAUUGGUAGUAGAAGGCUUUGACAUGGGAAAAAAUCUGGAAAGGCAUCACUUGCAAACGUAGUUUUACACCAUUAAGAUGUACGGCGGAAGAACCACUUUUCAGAAGCCUUCGUUGGGAAGAACUUAUAACUGGCCGGCUCAUAAUGUGCAGGAUCCCUUGAAAGGAUGGAAUGUCUACGAGAGAACACAGCAGCAGCAGCAACAGCAAAAUGAAAAUGAAAAUGCAGAACAAAGCCAAAGCCAAGAGCUGGCCGAGCAGUCCAACGCACCGGAAACGAUCGAUCCUGAAUGUUUGAUAAAGCAUCCGUUGCAGCACACAUGGACAUUGUGGUAUCUGGAGAUGGACCGAUCGAAAACCUGGACUGAAUCGUUGAAAGAAGUAGCCAGCUUUUCUACGGUGGAAGAUUUCUGGAGCCUGUACAAUCACAUUCGCGGACCGUCCGAGAUCAAGGUGGGCGGUGACUACAUGCUGUUCAAAUUGGACAUUCGUCCCAUGUGGGAACACGAAUCGAACAAACACGGUGGUCGCUGGACGCUGAGCCAUAACAAACGCUUUUCAGAUAAAUACUGGUUGGACACGGUACUGUGCUUAAUCGGAGAAACGUUCGAAUAUUCGGAUGACAUCUGCGGUGCGAUUAUAAACGUUCGUCAAAAGAUUGAUAAAAUCUCUAUCUGGACUGCUAACUAUCAGAAUCGCGAAGCGGUCAUGAACAUUGGACAGACUUUCAAGGAGCGAUUAGGACUACGUGAAAAUAUUAAUUACCAAGUUCAUCUCGACACGAUGGCAAAGGCGUCGUCGUCGGCAACAAAAACAACGUAUACCGUUUAGGCGGAAUGAGCCCCUGGGAGCCUUUUCUCGUUAAACGUUAGUUUGUUGCGGUCGCUACGAAAACGAUGAUGAUGAUGUUGAACGAAUGGAGCUGCAGUGAAAGGCGAUCGAAGUGUGCGGUGGAAAAAGAUGAGAGUAGUAAUCAAGUUCGGAACGAAGGAAAGCGGUGCAGCAUGCGUGCGCAAACAUCGAUAUUCAUAGGGAAAAGGGAUUUCAUUUUAUCGAGCUAGUGACUGAGCUAGUGUUCGUUAGGUGUGUUCGAAUGAAGGUGACAGAAACAAAACACGAAGCGGCAGUCAGCAGUGAACGGCGGGAAUAUGCUCUAAGCACUACGUUUGAUUUUUUUUUGCCCCGUAAUUAAGAUCAUACCGCUGCUGACAUCGGUCAAUCGCGCAUCUCAGUGCUAGUCCGUUCGAUUUUAAGGAACUUUAGUGUGUCGAUUGUAGGAUAGAUCUAAUGAAUUGCUCACGAGGAAUAGAAAAUAUAGGCCACCCGCGCUUCGUGAAACCGUC